AUGGCAUAUGAUGCAGUGCAGCGUUUGCUUGCUGUUGGCACUGGGCAUGGGGUGGUGAGGAUUGUCGGUGAUGUUGGAGUGGAUUAUUGCCUGAAACAUGAAUCAGAUGCAGCUGUACUUCACAUACAAUUCCUCAUGAAUGAGGGAGCACUGGUUACAGCAUGCCGCGAUGAUCUAAUACAUUUGUGGAAUUUCCGUCAAAAGGUUCCUGAAGUGUUGCACAGUAUUCAGCUAACCAAGGAGCAAGUUACGUGUAUCAAUCAUCCAUUCCAGAGUAAAUGGCUUUAUUUGGGCACUGAACGGGGUAAUAUAUAUUUUGUUAGUGUUGCAACAUUCACGUUAUCUACGUACGUUAUCAAUUGGAAUAAAGCUAUUGACUUGUAA